AUGCAGACUGACAGUGUGAAGGAGAUGAGACACAAGAAGACAAGUAGAGGUACUGCUGGUGGCAACAUUGAUUUACCAAAUAGUACUAGUGGUUUUAAGGUCGACAGUGGCAUUUUAUGCGAGAUAUUAAGCAGACUACCAGUGAAAUCACUUGUACGAUUCAAAUGUGUAUGUAAAGACUGGCAGUUCCUCAUCCAGGAAGACUCAUACUUUAUUAAUUUACACUUUAACCAAUCACAAAAACAUCCGAUUCUCCUUUUCAUUCCAGACACAGAUGAGCAUCCACACGGAUUUCUGCAGGAAGGUAUGAUUCAACAUGAAUCACCUUAUGAGAAAGUGGAGCUCGUGACAAUUGACUUAAUGCUUGAAGGCAAAGGAAGAACAGCGUCCCUUGACACAACAAGGAAAAUGGAAAUUCCUGAAGAGAAUGUAAGUUUCUGUGCACCUGUAAAUGGACUGAUCUGUUGCCACUUAAUUAGAAAACACCAUGGUAUUUGUAUAUGCAAUAUCAGUACCCAAGAAAUAUCACCAUGGAUUAAAUCAAACGUGUUAAUCGAUGUUCAAGGCAAAGAAAUAAGAACAAGAAGAAUACCUUGUUAUGAAUUGGGAUUCGAUCCUGCCACAAAGAAGCAUAAAGUGAUAUGUGCAUUGGGCAUACAUGAUCCCAAGAGGUCUUUGUGCGAAGUCUUAACUGUAGGAGACUACGAAUGGAGAAGGAUUGAGAACACACCAAUCGAGCUUGGACUUGAAUAUCACCGACGCAAACACACUGUUUAUCUGAAUGGUUUUAUAUACUACUGCACUUCAACAUUUCUGGAAGCAGAGGAGGUUGGUAAUGACAAGAUAGUGGCAUUUGAUGUUGGGGCUGAGAAGUUCAGAGUGAUCACAGUCCCUGAGUACAUCCUUAAUCAACCAAGGUAUUUUCAUUGGAACGGAAAAAGUUCUAACCGUUUAAUAGUACUGAAAGGCUGCCUAGAACUAUUAAUUAAAAUGAAUGAUUCCACUGCCAAGCUAUGGGUAUUUGAUGAUGUUCAUGGGAGCAACAAAGAUAAGAACAUUAGCACGAUUUAA